GGCCCGGGACCCCGCGCUGCCCGCGCCCGCAGCCGCCGGAGUCGAGCGGGGAGCACGGCUGGGGCCCCGCGGCGGCCCUCGGCCCGGAGCGCGAGCGCACGGCAGCCUCUGAAGAGCCCCCAGGUUCGGGAUGGGGAACCACGCAGGGAAGCGGGAGCUGAACGUGGAGAAGGCCAAUAAGGACGCGGGCCCUAGCAAAGGAGCAUCUGGAAGAGCGAGAAACCUUGGAGAGCUCUCGCGGGGGACCUCGGAGGACAACGAGGUGUUCGGAGAGGCAGAUGGGGGCCGGAACAAUGGGGCCUCGUCCAGGGACACGGCGGUGACAGACUCCAGGCGCACAGCGGACCCGAACAAUGCCUGGCAGGGUGCCCGCCCAGCUGACCCCAGGAGCCGCCCCCACUUGAUCCGCCUCUUUUCCCGAGAUGCCCCGGGCAGGGAGGACAACACCUUCAAAGACAGGCCCUCGGAGUCCGACGAGCUACAGACCAUCCAAGAAGACAGCGCAGCAGCUCCGCAGGACCUCGACGUCAUGGCGUCCCAGAAGAGGCCCUCCCAGAGGCACGGCUCCAAGUACCUGACCGCAGCAAGUACCAUGGACCAUGCCAGGCAUGGCUUCCUGCCCAGGCACAGAGACACGGGCAUCCUCGACUCCAUCGGGCGCUUCUUUGGCAGCGACAGGGGCGCGCCCAAGCGGGGCUCCGGCAAGGUUCCGUGGCCCAAGCAGAGCAGGAGCCCUCUGCCCUGUAGCACCCACAGCCGCCCUGGGCUGUGCAACAUGUACAAGGACCACGCGGCCAGAACUGCCCACUAUGGCUCCCUGCCCCAGAAGUCGCAUGGCCGGCCACAAGAUGAAAACCCUGUAGUCCACUUCUUCAAGAACAUUGUGACGCCCCGCACACCCCCUCCGUCUCAAGGAAAGGGGAGAGGAACGGUCCUCAGCCGGUUUAGCUGGGGCGCCGAGGGCCAGAAGCCCGGGUUCGGCUAUGGAGGCAGAGCAGCUGACUACAAAUCGGCCCACAAGGGCCUCAAGGGCGCUGACGCCCAGGGCACACUCUCCAGGCUCUUCAAGCUGGGAGGAAGAGACAGUCGCUCCGGAUCGCCCAUGGCCAGACGCUGAAGCCCUGCCCGGGCCACAGAACCCCGUCCUCGGCUUCCUAACCUAACCGCCUUAAAACGUUAACAGCGUCCGCACCCCCCACCUACUCAGAGCAGACCCCGUCCCCUAACCCGGCGAGCGGUGCACGCCUGGGGUCCUGCCGGGGGCACCCGCUACCCGAGACGGAUACAGGACCCGGCUGUGCGGUGCCCGGGACUGGAAGACCGCCUAGCUCCGGCCGCCGGCCCGCGUGCACCCAGCCCAGCCCCCGCCCUCAGCU